AUGGGCGCGAUCUUAGCUAAUGCUUGCCAUUGCUUGACCGCGCCCCUUCGGUUCGAAUGUGCCGUACCAUGCACAUCCAAGGCUACCAAGCAACUACAAGCCUUGACAAGUGCCGUGCGAUCCAUUACGGGGCAAGGGGGUGUUCCAGCUGCGCAAGCAGGUCAGCACGUGGGCAAACCACCGGUCCUGAUCGUCGCAGCUUGUAUGGCCCCCGACGAGCCCCGAGACAAGCUGGGCCAAGCGACUCCGUACAGCAUUCUCGCACUCCUGUCCUGUACAGCGUCCUCGACACUCGACAGUGGUGAGAGUCUGAUCCUUUGA